AGCUGCUCCAAGACAGUGCAUUGAACUUUACUUUGAUGAAAAGUACUCUAUUGAACCGUCCUGGGAGUGCAAAUUUGAUCACAUUGAAGUUCGAGAUGGACCUUUUGGCUUCUCUCCAAUUAUUGGACGUUUCUGUGGACAACAAAAUCCACCUGUAAUAAAAUCCAGUGGAAGAUUUUUAUGGAUUAAAUUUUUUGCUGAUGGAGAGCUGGAAUCUAUGGGAUUUUCAGCUCGGUACAAUUUCACACCUGAUCCUGACUUUAAGGACCUUGGAGUUUUGAAACCAUUACCAGUGUGUGAGUUUGAGAUGGGCGGUCCUGAAGGAAUUGUGGAGUCCAUACAAAUUAUGAAGGAAGGCAAAGCUUCUGCCAGCGAGGCGGUUGAUUGCAAGUGGUAUAUCCGGGCACCUCCACGAUCCAAGAUUUACUUGCGAUUCUUGGACUAUGAAAUGCAGAAUUCAAAUGAAUGCAAGAGGAAUUUCGUGGCUGUGUACGACGGAAGCAGCGCGGUGGAGGACCUGAAAGCCAAGUUCUGCAGCACCGUGGCCAACGACGUGAUGCUCCGCACAGGUCUGGGGGUGAUCCGCAUGUGGGCAGAUGAGGGCAGUCGGAACAGCCGAUUCCAGAUGCUCUUCACAUCCUUUCAAGAACCUCCUUGUGAAGGCAAUACAUUCUUCUGCCACAGCAACAUGUGUAUUAAUAAUACACUGGUCUGCAACGGACUCCAGAACUGUGUGUAUCCUUGGGACGAAAAUCACUGCAAAGAAAAGAGGAAAACCAGCCUCCUGGACCAGCUGACCAACACCAGCGGGACCGUCAUCGGCGUGACGUCCUGCAUCGUGAUCAUCCUGAUUAUCAUUUCUGUCAUCGUGCAGAUCAAACAGCCUCGAAAAAAAUACGUCCAGAGGAAAUCAGACUUUGACCAGACGGUUUUCCAGGAGGUGUUUGAGCCUCCUCAUUAUGAGUUAUGUACUCUCAGAGGGACAGGAGCAACAGCUGACUUUGCGGAUGUGGCAGAUGACUUUGAAAAUUACCAUAAACUGCGGAGGUCAUCUUCCAAAUGCGUUCACGACCACCACUGUGGAUCUCAACUGUCCAGCACGAAAGGCAGCCGCAGCAACCUCAGCACAAGAGAUGCUUCUCUCUUGACGGAGAUGCCCGCACAGCCCGCCAAACCCCUCAUCCCGCCCAUGAACAGAAGAAACAUCCUGGUCAUGAAACACAACUACUCGCAAGAUGCUGCAGAUGCCUGUGACAUAGACGAAAUCGAGGAGGUGCCAACCACGAGUCACAGGCUGUCCAGACACGAUAAAGCCGUCCAGCGGUUCUGCCUCAUUGGGUCUCUAAGCAAACAUGAAUCUGAAUACAACACAACUAGGGUCUAAACAGAAAAUUCAAGAUGAGGAAACUAAAGAGAGUUUAGUAAAUUGUCUAAGAUUGUACAUAAAGAGCGAUGAACGCAGCUUUGAAAUUAAGCCAACCAUGGAGUCAACCAAUGAUCUUUACCAUUGUGCAAAACAACCUUAUUAAUAUUCUACAUAGUCCAUUUCACUGAAAAAAGUUGAUAUCUAUCCAUAUGAACCCCACAGUUUUGUGUUUCCUCAUCUGUAAAAAUAUGUAUUAUAGCACCUUCUCUCCACCUUACCGAGUGUGAAGAUCAAGAUGACUAUACAUUGGAAGAUAUUUUUUAUACCCUAUAAUGCAUUAUACAAAAUAAAUCAUUUUUCCUAAA